AUGUCGAGCAAAAGCUCCCUGUCGCUUGAUUCGAAGCAGCCAGCUGUCACAAUUGUUCAACAGACGCCGAUCCCGACUAAAAAGUACGAUGUAACAAGUGGAGUGUUGGCUGCGGGUGGCUCACUAGAAUUCUAUGAGCCCAUCGCAGAGUACGAAGGGAAACAUCGAUAUGAUCCACUUGCUGAAUGGACGGAGAAGGAAGAGAAGCUAUUGGUCCGAAGGCUCGACUACAGAAUCUGUUCUUGGGUCUGUCUGAUGUUCUUUGCCCUUCAACUUGACCGGGGUAAUAUCGGACAAGCAUUAUCCGAUGGAAUGCUUGAUGACCUCGGGUUAUCCACCAACCAAUAUAACUAUGGCAUGACGAUAUUCUAUCUUUGCUUCCUGUGUGCAGAGGUGCCGUCGCAAAUGAUCUCGAAAAAGCUUGGCCCCGAUGUAUGGAUUCCCAUUCAAAUGGUUCUUUGGAGUAUAGUCGGGAUCUGCCAGGGCCUAAUCAGCGGCGAAAACAGCUUCUAUGCUACUCGCGCACUGCUUGGUCUGAUAGAAGGUGGCUUCAUUCCCGAUGCACUCCUUUACCUAUCCUACUUCUAUACGAAUAAAGAGCUGCCAAUGCGGGUCGCCUUUUUCUACUGUUGCUCCAAUGGUACUGCUAUUAUUGCAGCGUUCUUGGCAUUUGGAGUUCUCCGCAUGCGAUCCAUAGGCGGAUGGGAAGGCUGGAGGUGGCUGUUUGUUCUCGAGGGUGCUUUGACUUUGAUUAUUGGGAUCAUAUCUUGGUUUUAUCUACCUCCCAGUCCGACCCAGACUGCAAGCUGGUUCCGAGGGAAAGAUGGUUGGUUCUCAGAGAGGGAAGAAGUCAUCAUGGUCAAUCGGGUCCUGCGAGAUGAUCCAGCAAAGGGUUGCAUGCAUAAUCGUCAAGGUCUAACACUGAAGCUUCUGUGGGACGCUCUCAUGGACUACGACCUUUGGCCAAUGUAUCUGAUCAGCCUCACGCUGCUGGUUCCUACCAAUCCCGAAUCGGCAUAUCUGACCCUCUUUUUGAAGUCACUUGGCUUUGAUACAUUCGAGGUCAAUCUUCUAACCAUUCCUGCAACCGUGUUGUUCUUGAUUCAACUGAUAUUUUGGUCUUGGGUGUCCGAAAAAAUCAACAACCGCAUGGCCAUCGUGUUAUUCUAUUCCUUUUGGGUUUUCCCUCUUUUGAUGGCACUAGAGCUGAUGCCGGCGACUUCAAGUCCUUGGAGUUGGUACGCAGUUACAGUACUAGUUAUUGGUUUCCCCUAUGUCCAUUCUAUCAACGUCAGCUUGAUCUCGCGGAACGCCGGUUCUGUGCGCACUCGCACUGUGGGCAGCGCCGUAUACAACAUGAUUUGCCAAGCCGGUUCUAUCAUUUCUUCCAACAUCUACCGAACGGAUGAUAAACCCUACUACCGAAAGGGAAACAAGAUUCUUCUGGCUCUUGUGGCAUGGAACGUUUUGGUAACCAUAUUCAUCAAGUUCUACUAUACGCGGAGAAACAAAACACGUGAACAGGUUUGGAAUGCUAUGAGUCCCGAGCAGAAACACCAUUACCUGAGCACAACGAAAGAUGAGGGCAACAAAAGACUGGACUUCCGAUUUGCCCACUAG